AUCUAUUUCGUCUAGUCUGCUAAAGAGAAGAGAGAUAACCAGAACCCAAAGUGGCUGUUGACAAGAGAAAAAUAAAAUAAAAGAGGAAAUAUCCUAUAAAAGGAAAUCCAAUCUUCAAAGUCUCUUAUCGAGCAGAGGUGGGACUUGAAUUUUAUAAAAAGAAAGAGAGAAAGAUGAUACUGGUAGCAAUAGUUGCAGAGCUGAUGGAGGAGUACACAGCGCUGCUGGGAAGGGUGCUGGAGCACAUAUUUCAUGAUGCCCCUUUCCCAAGGCGAGUUCGUUUUCUCAUUCUCCGCAGUCUUCCUUUCGCUUCCUCUUCUCAUCCCCUUUUACUUCCAGCACCUGCUUAAUUUUAGUCUUUUUCCACAGGACUCUGCAUUGUACAUUCUUUCUAUCUUGUGUAGAGAAUUAUGAGGUAGCAAAAUUUCAGUUUUUUUUUCUUUUUUCUUUUCUGUGCGUGUUUGAAUCGGUCGAGUAUCUGCUAAUUUUACAUGAUAUGAUAUGAUUGAUUAUGCUA